CAUAACCAACCGAUCGAGCAGAACAAUUCAGCUUCUUAACUUCAAUGGUUGUUCCCAUAAUUGGACGGUGCAAGAUCCAACGUGUCAAACGGCCGGACGAGCUAUAAAUGGUGAGCCAACUCGCACCAUGAUUUCUCACCAACAUCACACACACACAACUGAAACAACACCACCAAACAGCGGGGGUGAAGAAGAAGAAAAGGAUUGUGCCAUGUCGCAAUUGGCAGUGCUGGCAGUUCUCCUCUUCGUCGGCCUUUCGAGCUUCGCAGAAGCCAGGCACGGCAACUCGACCGUCGUCCGAGGGCCAAGCUGCUCGGGGUGGUCGGAGAACAAGCUGUACAGCAAAAACGUGGCGAACCUCAUCGACAAGCUGGUGGACGAGACAAGGAAGGUGCACAGGGAGCGCGGCGAUGACGAAGACUACAGGUACACUCGCGACUUCCCGGCUAAUUGCCACUCCGGCACCGGCGCCACCGGCGGGGCAACGUGCGACAAGCACCUCGGCAAUCUCGAUUGCUGGGGAUGCCUCCUCGUUGCGAAGAGCAAGUUCAGAUCCGGCAAUUGCGACGACAAUCCCAUCCGUGGCGCCGUCCAGCUCAGGGAUUGCUCCAUGUGGUUCAGAAAGUACCAUUCACGUCUCACCACUUAAAAACGUUCCAUUUCUUCUCUCUAAUUGAUCUAAUUUUGUACCUUUUGUUGUUUAAGCUCUUCAAUUUGGGUGUGUUACAAACUGAAGCAUGAAUGAAGAACUCCUGUCUUU